UCCAUCACUUCCGGUGCUGAAGAUGUUGCUUUGGUGUUUCCUGGGGUCGGUGAGCAUCUUUAUGCUCUGUGAAGCUCAAGACAGUGAAUGUGACAACUUCACCGACUUGGAUUUCCACGAUUCGUUCAUGGGAACCAAUCUGUACGUGCGUCUGCUCCUCUACACCCGUGCCAACCUAGACUGCGGUCAUAAGCUGUCUCACCAUAACUUCACUCUGGAGGCCCUGUUCGAUGUGACUAGACCAACUACCUUUGUCAUACAUGGAUACCGACCCACCGGUGCAUCACCUGUCUGGAUCAACCACAUCGUUCAACUUCUAGCAGCACAGGAAGAUAUGAACAUACUGGUCGUGGACUGGAACAGAGGGGCAGCGAACCUCAACUACUUCACAGCUGUGACCAACACGCGCCGCACAGCUGCCAACAUCACUGGCUUCAUAGAGAACAUGGAGAAAGAGGGAACAUCUCUUGACUCCAUCCACCUGAUUGGGGUCAGCCUGGGUGCGCACGUGGCUGGGUUCAUCGGUGCGAUGCUGGGAGGAAGGGUGGGCAGAAUCACAGGUCUGGACCCAGCCGGGCCAAUGUUUGCUGGCGUCCCCCCUGAGGAACGUCUUGACCCAACUGAUGCCCAGUUUGUAGAUGUGCUUCACACAGAUAUGAAUUCCUUUGGCCUCAGAGGAACUCACGGACAUGUAGAUUUCUAUGCCAAUGGAGGAUUAGAUCAGCCUGGCUGUCCAAAGACCAUCUUCUCAGGGAAAUCUUAUUUUGUGUGUGAUCACCAGAGGUCUGUUUUUCUGUACCUGUGUGCUUUGAAUCACACCUGUAACCUCAUGGCAUACCCAUGUUCCUCUUAUACUGACUUCCUCAAUGGCCAGUGUUUGCAAUGCGAGACCUUCAAACCAGCUUCAUGCCCAGUUUUAGGUUAUAACAUGAGCCUGUGGAGGGAUACACUCUUGAGAUUGGGGCAAACAAGGGUAUUUUUCUCAACCAGGGCAGAAGCCCCCUACAGCAAGACGAGCUACCGAGUGGACCUUGUAACCUGGAACCAGUUUCUACGCUGGGGGGUGGUCAUACUUCGGUUACACAAUGGAAAAAAUGUUAUGGAGUCCAGGAUAGACCACAAGCUGUUGCGCUUUGAGCAGUAUACAUCAACUCGAUUACUGGCCCAGUUUGACAUGGAUCUAUAUCCAGUUCAGAAAAUCUCUUUACGGAUAGUCACCGGGAAUGUUAUUGGACCACGCUACAAGAUAAGGCUUCUCCAAAUUCGGAUAACACCACUGGAAAAGCCAGACAGGCCAGUAAUGUGCCGAUAUGACAUUAUUUUGGAGGAGAAUGCUGAGGUGUCCUUCAGACCAUUGCCUUGUAAUUAAUCUCAUCUGUGUUAAAACAGCCAUUUAACUCAAAUUUCAGCUCAUCCGUUCAUGUACUGGAACGGACACAUACUUCCAGAAACAUAAAGGAAUAGUUCACUCAAAAAAGAAAAUGUCAUAAUUUACUCAACUUCAAACCUGUAUAGAUGUUUUUGUUCUGUUGAGGAAAAAAACCGAAACAAAACAGUUUUGGGGUACCAAUAGUAGUGUCUUUUGCUACUAUGGUAGUCAAUAGUGACCAAGAAUGGUUUGGUUACAAACAUUCUUCCAAAAUAUGUUUCGGUGUGUUCUGCAGAACAAUAAAAUUGAUACAGGAUUGAAACAACUUGAGGGUGAGUAAAUGACAGAAUUUCCAUUUUUUUGUUAACUUUUCCUUAAAGAUGCUUUUAGUGCCUUUGCUACGAGAUAUAGUUUUUAUGGGAAGACUAUUUUUUAAGCCAUAAACUAACUGCUGGGGGUCUGCUGAAGUCCUUUUUGAUAUAAAUCUACUUUCUUGGUAUUGGGAUGGAGACCCCACAAAACAAAUAUGGACCUUGUCAA